AUGAAGUUCCACCGUUGGGGAAGGCUUAGGGAGCAGCCGUCAGCCGUCACCCACACGUCAGUGUGCAGGAGCAAGCGACGCCUCCAGUCUAAAACGUGUAGAAGCAUUUGGACUGUCGCAACAGCUGCAGACGCUGGAAUCAGCAGAUUCCCGAGCGUAAACGUUGAUAUGAUCGAGAAGGCAUCUCAGGCUACCAAAGUGUCUACGUGCCUUUGA